AUGGUGGUGGUGGUGGUGGCGGUGUGCGUGAGCGAGAGCAUCAUCAUGGGCAUCCCCAUGCCGGUGGGAACAGGCUUGUUCAAGGUCAUGCAGCGGGCGGAGGCCUCGCCCACGUCGCUGGCCCGCCGCCCGCCCCCGCUGCUCGCCUUCUAG